AUGAGAGUAAGAUUUGAAUUAAAUGGCCAAAAAUACAAUAAAUUUUCUGAAGAUGAUCCAUUUUUAAUGGAAGAAAUUGCUGAAGAUUUGGUAUUGAAUCACUUGACCACCAAUACAUUUAGUUUACCGAAUUAUAGAACCCAUAUCGAAACGACUCACAAUAUACAAGAAAACCAAUUACACGACUUCAUACAACUAAUAGAUGAUAAUCUUGGUGAUCUAUAUGUUAAGAGCCAAGAACAAAACUGGAAAGAUAAUAAACAAGAGGAAAUGUCAGAGCCAGGUCUCAUAUAUGUAUGGUUCACUGAAACUACCACAGAUGACGACGACGAACUAGUAGGUUUUGUAUCAUUCAAAUUAUGCGAAGACGAUGAUGGGAUCUUUGUGUUAUACUUGUUUGAGAUUCAUUUGACUGAAAAAUACCAAGGUCAAAAAUUAGGACAAUUGUUAAUUGAUCAGUUUCACGAAUUUGCUAAAAGUUUGCAAAAUUCAUCUAAUAAAUUAUAUCUGAUGUUAGAAGGCACAGCAUUGACAGUUUUUACAAAGAAUACCAAAGCUCUUAAUUGGUAUAAGAAAAUGAAUUACGAAUUGACUGAAAGAUCUCCUAUGGAUAAAAAAUUAAGAAAUGGUACUGUGAUUAAACCUGUUUUAUACUUAAUGCGAAGGAAAUUGUAA